UUUUCCUCCAAUUAAGAAUUUCUGGGGUUUGAGAGUAGCUCUUACAGAUGGAUGGCAGGGAAAUCUCAUGAGCAGAUGAUGCUCAGGAGAAAUGGUAUUUCCAGAGGACGCCUAUCUUAACUGGGGAAGAAACUUCCAAUCUUCAAAAGGCUCUGACCAAGGGUGUCCGAAAUUCAAGAGGAAUCUAAGCUCAGCCAAUGAGAGAAGAGAUAGGGGUGGGCGUGUUCUUGUCUUCACCAAGAUCCUCCAUCUCUCUGUUUCUUUCCACUUUCUGAAUUCUGUCUACAGUUUCUGGCAGGCAGGGAAGUGUUGAAGACCCGGAGCUUCCUCCUCUGCGACCAAGAGGCAGAGUACGGACUCCUUCCCUGUGUCCCCGCCAGGUCGCUAGGGGGCAGGCUACUCCAGUGUCCCGGAAGUACAGCCCCAAGAAUACCGCGCGAGAAAACCCAAGGUCCAAAAUAUUCUGUCUUCCUCAGAAGGACUCCACGGUACCUACUACCUGCACAGGCUCAGCCUCCACUCAGGACAUGGAAAGUGGCUAUGGUGAUGAUCUGCAAGGAGAAUGCCUCAGAAAACCAGACCAGAAACAGCCCAAACUCUAUGGAGUGGGUGACCCCACGGCCACAUUCUCCUCUGACAGCUUCUGCCUGUCCUCUAGAGGAAGAGUCAUCAAAUGGUUCUGGGACUCGGCUGAGGAGGGCUAUAGGACCUACCACAUGGAUGAGUAUGAUGAGGACAAGAACCCCAGUGGCAUCAUUAACUUGGGCACCAGUGAGAACAAACUCUGCUUUGACCUUCUGUCCUGGCGGCUGACACAGAAUGACAUGCUUCAUGUGGAGCCAUCUCUGCUGCAGUACCCUGACUGGAGAGGGCAUCGGUUCCUCCGGAAAGAAGUGGCAAGGUUCUUGUCUUUCUAUUGUAAGAGCCCGGCACCCCUCAAACCAGAAAAUGUGGUUGUUCUGAAUGGCUGUGCCUCUCUCUUUUCUGCUCUGGCCACAGUGCUGUGCGAGCCAGGAGAAGUCCUCUUGAUCCCCACCCCUUACUACGGAGCCAUCACCCAGCACAUCUAUCUCUAUGGCAACAUCCGACUAGCCUAUGUCUACCUGGACAGCAAGGUAACUGGACUGAAUACACGUCCCUUCCAGCUCACCGUAGAGAAGCUGGAGAUGGCCCUGCAAGGAGUUAACUCUGAGGGUGUCAAGGUUAAAGGCCUCAUCCUCAUCAACCCCCAAAACCCUCUGGGUGAUAUCUACUCCCCUGAAGAGCUGCAGGACUUCCUGGGAUUUGCCAUGAGGCACAAGCUGCAUGUGAUCAUGGAUGAGGUUUACAUGCUGUCUGUUUUUGAAGAGUCUCUUGGGUACCGCAGUGUCCUCAGCCUGGAAAGGCUGCCCGACCCCCAGAGAACACAUGUGAUGUGGGCCACCAGCAAGGACUUUGGGAUGUCUGGGCUUCGCUUUGGUGUCCUGUACACAGAAAACCAGCACGUGGCUACUGCCGUGGCCUCCCUCUGCCGCUAUCAUGGCCUCAGUGGUCUGGUCCAACACCAGAUGGCACAGCUGCUCCAGGACCAUGACUGGAUCAGCCAGGUGUACCUGCCAGAAAACCAUGCCCGGCUCAAGGCUGCCCACACCUAUGUCUCAGAGGAGCUCAGGGCCCUGGGGAUCCCCUUUGUGAGUCGUGGGGCAGGUUUCUUCAUCUGGGUUGACUUGAGAAAGUACCUGCGCGAAGGCACCUUUGAGGAGGAGGCGAUGCUCUGGCGCCGAUUUUUGGACAACAAGGUGCUGCUGUCCUCUGGUAAGACCUUUGAGUGCAAAGAACCCGGCUGGUUCCGCGUGGUCUUCUCGGACAAGGAGAACCGGCUCCGCCUGGGAAUGCAAAGGAUGCGGCAGGUGCUUAAAGGGCAAUCUCAAAUGGUAGAAGAUGCCUCUCGCUGUCACACCCAGGAGCUACAAUAGCCAGUCCAGAUGAGCUGGCCAUUGCCUCUCAAGUAGCCACUGUCCCUGUGACCUGGCCAUGUAGGGCUACGGGAGACUUGAGUGUGGAUGCCCCAUUUGUCAGUGGGAUUCACCACUUGGCUUUGGCCUCGAAGGACUGUUUCCUGCCCCCUGCUGGCAGUGGGAGUCUGUUUAAACUGAUAUUCAUUUUGGGCUGUUGCUGACUCAUAUUCAACAGGAUUAGGAUCAGCCGGAUGACUGUUGUGAAUAGUGUACAGUAUGGAGAGUCGUGACUUCUCCUUAUCACAGCUCCUUUCUAGGACACAAGAGUAAAAAAGCAACGUUCAUUCUUUGA